GGUGGCGCCCCACGUGACGCGCGGCGCCCCCUCCUUCCUGCGGCGCGGCCAUGGCGGCGGGGCGGGUGUGUGAGGCGGGCUCCGCCGAGCAGCUCCAGCGGCUGCUGCAGCAGAAGGAGCGGUCCCUUGUAGUUGUCCACUUCUGGGCACCAUGGGCUCCUCAGUGUGCUCAGAUGAAUGAUGUUAUGGCAGCACUGGCAAAGGAGCACACGCAGGUUGUGUUUGUGAAGCUGGAAGCUGAAGCUGUGCCUGAAGUAUCUGAAAAAUACGGAAUUAGUUCUGUUCCAACGUUCCUGUUCUUUAAGAACUCUCAGAAAGUGGACAGGUUGGAUGGUGCGCAUGCCCCCGAGCUGACCAAGAGAGUGCAGCGCCACGCGUCCAGCAGCUCCCUCUCUGCUGGUUCCAACGGCAGUGUGAAAGAAGAUCUGAAUGUGCGCCUCAAGAAACUCAUCAACGCUGCCCCGUGCAUGCUCUUCAUGAAGGGGACUCCAAAAGAGCCCCGUUGUGGUUUCAGCAAGCAGAUGGUGGAGAUUCUGGACAAGCAUGGCAUUUCAUUUAGCAGUUUUGAUAUUUUCUCUGAUGAAGAAGUUCGUCAGGGGCUGAAAACAUAUUCUAACUGGCCAACUUACCCACAGUUGUAUGUAUCUGGGGAGCUCAUAGGUGGACUUGACAUUGUCAAGGAACUUGAAGCCUCUGGAGAGCUGGACACGGUCUGUCCGAAGGCAGAGAAGUUGGAGAGCAGGCUUAAAGCCCUGAUAAACAAAGCUCCUGUGAUGCUUUUCAUGAAGGGAAGCAAACAGGUGGCAAAAUGUGGCUUCAGCAAGCAAAUUGUAGAAAUCAUGAAUAAUACUGGCGUUGAUUAUGAGACAUUUGACAUACUGGAAGAUGAAGAGGUGCGGCAAGGAUUGAAAACCUAUUCCAACUGGCCAACGUACCCACAGUUAUAUGUGAAAGGUGAACUGGUCGGAGGGCUGGAUAUCAUUAAGGAACUAAAGGAAACUGGUGAAUUGCUGCCUGUUCUGAAGGGAGAAAAUUAAUAGCAAAAGGACAUCAAUGGGAACAGGAACACUUUGAACACUUACUCACUUCUAGAUAUCAGAGCAAUAGGCAACUUAGCCCCGUGGAACUGAUCAGGAGUAAAUAAACACAGCUUAUGUCCUCUGGGUGUUUCACGAGACCACGCUACAUAUGAAAAUGUGUUUCCACUGAAGAUACAAACAUGUCUAGAUCUACAAAUGCAAUUAAAAUAUGAUGCUGAAGAA